ACUCCCCUCUGCAUUCUCAUUGGUUACUGUAGCAGGUCCCGCCCUGCAGCGGAAGCGCGGUAAAAACAUCCAUGGUGGAGACAGACAACCGGCGACGAUGUGAUGGAGGUGGACGUCCUGGAGUUCAAGGUUCCUGUGGAGAACAACAAGACUCUGUUUGUGUGGAACAUCCAGCCCUCUCACACUGAGGCUCAGAUCUACGCUGAGUUGUAUGCCGUGUUCUCGUCCUUCGGGCCUCUCUACCUGCUGAAGGUGUGUCCCAACGCUCCCCUCAACCCGCCCGGGUUCUAUGCCCUCGUUAAGUUCUACUCCGCUGCUCAGGCUGCUCAGGCCCAGCGACAGACUGACGGACGCCCGCUGCUCCACAGCGCUCCUCUCAAGGUGAGGCUGAGCUCCAAAAAUACUCCUCACUUCCUGGUUGACCGCAGCAGACCGCUGAGCCACGCCUGCUGCCUGGAACUGGCCAAUCACUGCCUGGGAUUCAACGGCUGGACCUCUGACAUCAUCACACUGAAGGAGCUCCCCACUGAAGAAGAGGAGGAAGAGGAGGAAGAGGAGGAGGGUGGAGGCAGGCGGAGGAGUCUUCGGUUCGGCUGUCUGCUGCAGCUUUCCUUCCCUCAUCACGGACAGACGAGCAGAGCAGCAGCCGUGCUGGAGGACAGCUUCACCUGCACAGGUCCAGAUGUUCUGCUUCAAAAACGCUGCAGACUCCAGAGGAUGGUCAGAGAGAAAGCUCUGGUCCAGGCCUUUACUGCAGUACUACUCAUACUACUAGGUAACGGUAAAGUGAUGGUGGAGCUGAAACAGACCUCAGACCAGUUUCUACCAGAGGAGACUGAAGGAGUCCUCCAGGUGAACGAGGUUUCCUGGAGUGAGAUUGCUCCUGAUGAAGACGAGGCUGAUGAUGAAGAGUGGGAACUGACUGUCUCAUAGACACCCAGAGGAUUCUCUUUGAUAUCUUCCUAUUAAUGUUUGAUUUAUUCAAUAAAAUGAGUAUUAUUAAUAAC